UAACAAUAUGGGAACGAUGCCUACACUCGAUCAAAUUAAAUUAGGCCUAAAAAUGGUCGACUUUAAAGUUCAACAACGACGCUAUCGCAGCAAAGAGAAGACAAUUGUUUCAACAAUUUAUGGGCCAGUAAAAGGAGUUAAACGCAAAUCGAUUUAUGGCGAUGCCUACUUCUCCUUUGAGAAAAUUCCCUUUGCCAAACCUCCAUUGGGUGAGUUGCGUUAUAAGGCACCACAGCCCCCAGAGCCCUGGACAGAGGUGCGAAGCUGUACAUCGACAGGACCCAAGCCAUUGCAAAAACAUUUUGUGUUUCAAAUGACAGAUGGUUCGGAAGAUUGUCUCUAUCUGAAUGUGUACACCAAAAAUCUGGAUCCCAUAAAACCCAUGCCAGUCAUGGUUUGGAUCUACGGUGGCGGUUUUCAAUUUGGCGAGGCCUCCCGUGAUCUCUACAGUCCAGACUAUUUGCUACGCGAAGAUGUGGUUAUUAUAUCCAUAACCUACAGAGUUGGUCCCUUCGGAUUCCUCUGCAUGCAAGACCCUGAUUUUGAUGUACCCGGCAAUGCUGGUCUCAAAGAUCAAGUAAUGGCUUUGCGUUGGGUCAAGGCCAAUUGUUUACGUUUCGGUGGUGAUCCCAAUAACAUAACCUUAUUUGGUGAUAGUGCUGGUGGUGCUUCCGUCCACUACAUGAUGUUAACAGAACAGACACGGGGUCUCUUCCACAAGGCCAUUUGUAUGUCGGGCACUGUUUUAUCUCCCUGGGCCCAAACACCACAAAGAAAUUGGCCAUAUCGCUUGGCUGUGGCCGCCGGCUAUACAGGAGAAAAUAACGAGAAAGAUGUCUUUGAAUUUCUAAAAAAUGCCAAAGGUUCUGAUAUUGUCAAGGCCAAUGAAGAUCUCUGUACGGAUGAUGAAAAACGCGAACGUAUUGGUUUCUCAUUUGGUCCUGUGGUGGAACCCUACAUAACGGAACAUUGUGUGGUGCCCACAAAGCCCAUUGAAAUGAUGCGUAAUGCCUGGAGUAAUAAUAUACCCAUGAUUAUUGGUGGUGUCUCAAAUGAGGGUUUACUACUGUAUUCCGAUACCAAAAAUAAACCCAAAUUGUUGAAUGAAUUAAAUGAUUGCCGUUAUGUGGUGCCCUUGGAAUUGAAUAUGGAUCGUGAUAGUGAACUGUGCAAGGAAUAUGGUUAUCAAUUACGUACAACUUAUUAUGGUGAUAAUUUCCCCAGCAUUGAAACACUUAAUGAAUAUUUAUUGAUGGUAUCCCACGAAUACUUUUGGUUUCCCAUUUAUCGUACGAUUUUAUCCCGCAUGGAAUAUGCCAAAGCUCCCACCUAUUUAUAUCGAUUCGAUUUCGAUUCGAAACAUUUCAAUCAUUUGCGAAUUAUCAGUUGUGGCAAAAAGGUGCGCGGCACCUGUCACGGCGAUGACCUCUCCUAUUUGUUCUACAACUCGGUAGCGCGUAAACUUAAAAAACACACUAAAGAGUACAAAUGCAUCGAACGUUUGGUUGGCAUGUGGACCCAUUUUGCUGCCAAUGGUGAUCCAAAUUAUGAUCCAGAGCAUCCAGAUAUAUGGAAGCCCGUGUCGGAGGCAGCUGUGGAAAAACGCCAAUUACAGUGCCUUAAUAUAACGGAUGAAUUGAAGGUUAUCGAUGUGCCCGAUAUUAAAAAGUUAAUGGUAUGGGAAAGUUUUUAUACCCGCAACGAAUUGCUAUGAAGCUUUUUAUCUGAACACACA